UUCUGGUCCUUGUCCCACCACCUCCCAUCUGUUCAUGAAUAAUUCUACUUCUUGUUUUGUUUUAGCUUCUAAGAAGAUCUACUGUCGAUGUAGGAAAAUCUAUGGCAUGACUCCCGCGGGCAAGCACAGCGGGGUGGAAGAGCAUCACUACCACUCUGGCCAAGCGUUCAGUCAUAAAGUCCCUGGUGGCUUAGAAACACGGUACAGCUGUUGCGAAGCUGUCCUUGGGUUACCCGGGUGUCAGGUCGCCAAGCUUCAUGUUCGUGACCAAAGAGAAAACCUAGAGGGCUUUGUGAAGACUUUUGUCAAGUUUCCACCCUCUGAUGGGAAUCACAGCAUAUUUGCUGUGAAUUGCGAGGUGUGCUAUACAGCCAAAGGUUUGGAACUUACUCGAGUGACAGUGGUUGACCCCAGCCUCCAGGUGGUCUAUGACACCUUUGUGAAACCAGAUGAGGAAGUCAUUAACUAUAACACUAGGUUUUCUGGCGUGGUUGAAGAUGACUUAAAGAACACUGAAACCUCAGUCCUCGAUGUGCAGGCCUUCUUAUUGAACCUGUUCAGCACUGGCACUGAAUCGGACACAGCUUCGAGCAUAGUCUCUACAUUCUUAAGUUAAUUCAUACAUCAGUUGUAGACACGACAGUUACGUUUCCUCAUCAGCUAGGCUUGCCUCACAUAAGCUCCCUGAGGAGCCUGGUGGCUGACUCCCUGCCUAGUCAUUCAGGAGGACAGUAAGUGCCUGCUCGUUCCUGACAGACAGCAGGAUCCUAAGUCUGACUUGAGUGCAUAAAUCGGGAGGCUCAUGGUGACAAAGGUCCACUGUUUGAAAUGCUUCCCUGGGGGUUCUCUCCCAAGGUAGCGAAUCCUAAAGCAUCUGACUAAGUAAAAACCAUUUCCUGCCCACUGCCUGGUAUAGUCUGAGAUGUUCCACAGGCAUCAAAACAGCAGUGAAGCUGAGAAUGGUGACCACAUCAUUGUUCAGCAAGUUGCCUGGCCUUUAAAUUCAUGCAUCAAACUUCUGUCGAUGUGGAGAUCUAAUUUCACUAGAAAUUUUGCUGUGUACCUCUUCGCAUAUGUGAUUUUCAUGAAACCUAAUGAGACUGUAAAAUCAAAUGAGUCCAAGUCAUCUCACCCAGGGUAAAUAGUGUAGGUUGCAUUAGAAAAUGUACAGUUCAAAUGAAUAGAUUCAUUAUGCAUGUGCUUGCUCUGUACCAGAUUAAUAUAUCUUCCUCCCAGGACUUUUUCUCUUUUUGGUUUUUU